AUGAGUGAAGUACAGGUUCUCAAAGAUGUAGCCACACGGCUUCGAAUAAACUCAGUGAAAGCGACUGAAGCGGCAGGAUCUGGACAUCCUACUUCAUGUGCAUCUCUGGCUGAAAUUAUGUCCGUACUUUUUCUGAAGGAAAUGCGCUACAAACCAGAAUCACCUAGAAAUCCUUCAAGUGAUAGAUUUGUAUUAUCCAAAGGUCAUGCCGCUCCAAUACUUUAUGCAGCUUGGGCUCAGGUCGGGUUGUUCCCUGAGUCAGAAUUGCUUAAUUUGCGCAAAAUAGAUUCGGAUUUAGAAGGUCAUCCAACUCCGCGCUUGCCUUUUGUUGAUGUUGCGACCGGUUCUCUUGGUCAAGGUGUCAGCAUUGCUGCUGGGAUGGCGUACGUCGGAAAAUAUAUUGACAAAGCAAGCUAUAGAAUAUACUGCGUGGUUGGAGAUGGAGAAUCGACUGAAGGGAGUAUCUGGGAAGCAUUAGCCUUCUCAUCAUUUUACAAACUGGAUAAUCUUGUUAUAAUAUUCGACGUUAAUCGCCUUGGACAAAGUCAACCGACACAACUGCAACACCAUUUAGAAGCUUAUCGACUACGGACUGAAGCAUUUGGGUGUCAUUCUAUAGUGGUAGAUGGUCAUAACAUUGAGGAGUUACUUAAAGCAUUUUCAUGUGCUCGUACGGUCAAAAAUAAACCUGUUGCUUUAAUUUGUAAAACGUACAAAGGUCAAGAUUUCCCUGGUAUUGCUGAUCAGGAGAAUUGGCAUGGUAAACCCCUUGGAGUUAAGGCGAAGGAAGUUUUGGAUUACCUCAAUGCUCAAUUAAGCAAUACUUCAGUUGGUAGUUAUUCCCUACUUUCAAAACCGCUGGAUGAUUGCAGCGAACUAAAAUUAGUGGGUACUAUCAAGCUGCCGUCCGCCCCACAAUAUAAAAUUGGAGAUAUGGUAGCUACUCGACUCGCCUAUGGCACAGCUCUCUCUCGUAUUGGUCAAACUUGUGACCGAGUUAUUGGUCUCGACGGUGAUACUAAAAAUUCAACUUUUAGUAUUAAACUUAGAGAUGUUAACCCAGGUCAAUUCGUCGAGUGUUUCAUCGCAGAGCAAAACUUAGUUGGUGUAGCUAUUGGUUGCGCUACACGUGGGCGAACCAUUCCAUUUGUCAGUACUUUUGCCGCCUUCCUUACUCGGUCUUUCGACCAAAUACGCAUGGGUGCAAUUUCUCAGACCAACUGUAAUUUCGCUGGUUCACAUGUCGGAGUCAGCAUUGGUGAAGAUGGGCCGAGUCAAAUGGCUUUAGAAGAUAUGGCUAUGUUUCGUUCUGUGAUCGGCUCCACAGUGUUUUAUCCAUCAGAUGCUGUGUCGACUGAACGAGCUGUUGAAUUGGCAGCCAACACCGUGGGGAUCUGUUAUAUAAGAACUGGACGUCCUAAUCAACCUGUAAUUUAUUCUCCCGAGGAAUGCUUUUGCAUUGGUAAGGGAAAAGUUGUUCGGACUGCAGGAUCUGCUGGUGAUCAUUUAACUGUAGUUGGUGGUGGUAUUACUUUAACUGAAGCCUUGAAAGCAGCCGAUGUUCUUGCAACUGAAAAUAUUAAUAUUCGUGUCAUUGAUCCAUUCACUAUUAAGCCAAUAGAUGCAGAAUUACUCGCAAAGGCUGUUAAAGAAACAUGUAGCAAAGUACUGACAGUAGAAGAUCAUGUACCUGAAGGAGGUAUAGGAGAUGCAGUUAGUGCAGCUCUGUCACAAUGUGGCAUAGAGCAUACUGUUCAAAGAUUAGCUAUCAGAGAAGUGCCGCGUUCUGGGAAACCAGAAGAAUUAUUAGCCAAAUAUGGUAUUGAUGCCAAUGCUAUUGUUCGUGCUGUAAAAUCAUUACUUGGCAAACAAUAA